AUGAACACUAAUGUAGCUAAAGCUGAUCGUAAAGCGAAUAUUCCAGAUUGUUUAUAUUGGAGUUGUGAGGAGGUAGCUGAUUGGAUUGAGGAAUUGGGAUUUUCAAAAUAUAGGGAUUGUUUUCUCAACAAUUUCAUAGAUGGAAAAAAGUUGAUUACUGUAACGUCGUCAGCAUUGCCCAAUAUGGGUGUCAGCGAUUUUACACACAUCAAGAUUAUAACAGCCGCGGUACGAGAAUUAUUAGAUAUACCAUUGGAAGAUUCACUAGAGUUUUCUUGUUAUCGCAACCCAAGACUCUUGUAUUUACAAUUAAAAAGCAAAACUGGAUAUACAUAUGAUCAUAUGACAUACAAUGCCUUUAAAAUUCAAAAUGCCAGGUUUUUAAAGCCAUAA